AUGUCAAUCACACAGCGUAACCUCAUGCAGCUUGUCCCCUUCGCCAAGACUCUGCGCCAACGAGCGACCUUGCUUGCACUAAUGGCUGCCUAUGUCGUGGAACGACCUCUCAUCCCCGAUAUACGUUUCUCGCUCGAGACGUCAACUGACGCCACUGCUAUCCUGGACUAUCGUUUCGACAUCGCUGUGCACCGGGACGAGGCCAUGUGUGUGUUGUUGGGUCGGUUGGCGUUCCCCGUUCGGUUCCACACUAUGACUAAAACCUUUGCACGAUCGCGUUCCGACUUGUGUGACAUUUUCAUGCACGUCAUCAACGUGCUGUACGCGCAGUGGGGGUCUUUACUGUAUUUCAACGAAAAACUCGUUGCCAAGAACAUUGAUCGGUACUACAGUGCUGUCGCCUCCAAGGGGACGCCUCUUUCAAACGUUUUUGGCUUCAUCGACGGCACCAAAAUCCAAACAUGCCGCAUCACAGCGACGGGAGAUGGCGCUAACCUACAAAAACAAAUUUUCAGCGGGCACAAGCUCAUCCACUGCCUCAACUAUCAGGGAGUCACUGCACCUGACGGUAUCUGUGUGCACUUUUUUGGCCCGGUCGAAGGUCGGCGCCACGAUGCGACCAUGCUGCGUGAGAGCGGGUUGAUCAAGUACCUGGGGGGGCGCCGAAACGUGUUUUGGGGGAAAGCGAUGUAUGGCGAUCCAGCGUAUGGAAUUGUGCCUUACUUGAUUUCGGGAUUCAAGGGGAUUAACUUCAGCAACAAAAAAAUGCAGUUCAACAAGUGGAUGAGCCGCGUUCGACAAUCAGUGGAAUAG